UGGAAAACAUUGAAGAACUACAUUUAUCUCGUACCAUCAUAAAGGAUGGAUUGUACUAUGAAUUAUUCUACGAAGUCAAAAUAACCAGGGUAAGCUAAUUCAUAUAGAAUGGAUUUAAUGUUUGCGUGUUAAGAAUAUCAAAUAACAUUAUCUAAUCAUAUUGAUCUUUACAUAUGCAACGAAUUUAUCGAUAAAACGAAAAUAUCGAAUGAAGAGUUCCACUGGAGAGAUACAAAAGUGGUAUUAAAAUGGAUCGACUGGAGUGGAGUGACACAAAUCUUGUUCCUGGAGAAGAAGGGGUGAAUUUCCAGUCAGGGAUAGCUAUAUAUGACGGACAAGACAAAACCUACUUUGAGAAUGGUACAUUAACGCUUACCACCCACAGAGUUAUUUGGAAAGACAACAGGGACAGGACAAGAGUUUUAGCCUUGCAGCACAGUUUGGUGGUUUAUAUAGAAGAACAGCCCUCAGGGUUCGCCAAGAGUGCCAAGAUAGCAGUCCAUGUGUCAGCAGCAGGUCCCGGGAAGAAACCAGGCCCUGUAACAAAUAGUCGCUAUGACUACAUCAGAUUCUCCUUCAGAGAAGCUGGUGAAGGUCAGUUUUUCAGAGAUUACAAUGAACAGUUGCAACAGAGAAAAUGGGAGCAUGUAUUGCCACCACGAAACCCAGCAGCAACGGCUCCCCGUCAUAGAGCUGGAAUCAUGGGCAUAGAACAAACCAUUCAACAAACACAUGCUAACACAGACAAAAACAUCUCUCAAGCUUUCCAAGAUCUCACAAAACUUAUGGAGAAGGCCAAAGAAAUGGUGACACUCUCAAAAACAAUAGCAAAUAAGAUCAAAGAUAAGCAAGGCGAAGUUACGGAUGAUGAGACCAUAAAAUUUAAGUCCUAUUUGCUGAGCAUGGGUAUCCCUAAUCCUGUUACGAGGGAAACACAUGGAUCGGGUGACAAAUACUACACAGAGCUGGCCAGACAGCUGUCUAAUGUACUAGAAAAACCACUAAAGGAAUAUGGUGGCAUCAUGACGCUGACAGAUGUUUACUGUCGAGUUAACCGAGCCAGAGGCAUGGAGUUACUGUCACCAGAAGAUUUACUAAAUGCUUGUGAAAUGUUCGAAAUUCUACGACUUCCAGUCAGACUAAAGACGUUUGACAGUGGAGUGAUGGUGUUACAGCUCCAGAGUCACAAUGAAGAACAAGUCAUCCACCUCACCACUCAGCUGGUGGAGGAGAAGGGUUCCUUAACUGCUGAAGACUUGUCCAAAGAAGUUGGUGUUUCUGUUAUCUUGGCCAAAGAAAGAUUACUUUUGACGGAGAAGGUUGGUGGUAUCUGUCGUGAUGAGUGUGUCGAAGGACUUAGAUUUUAUUCUAAUCUUUUCUUAACUAAGGUCACCUGAUAAUGUUUAAAAAAUAACAAAAUAUGACUUUGUUAAAUUAUUAUUUUUGUUUAUUCUGUCUGUAAAAUUUGUUUACAGUACAUGUACAAUAUGUAACAAUAAAAGUUAAAAGAAAUAUAAAA